ACCUUUAUUGCGUUUAACAAUUAGGGUAAUCGUUGCUGAAGCUUUUCACAUUUUUUGGACGUCAGAGUGCGGGGUUUUUUUGUUCAAUUCGUCUCUGGAAGUAAAGAAUGAUUUUUUUACCGCGAUACAAUGCUGUGACGUAAUAAUCCUGCGACGCCACUAUCCCAUUAGUUCUUCAUCUCCAUGCAAAAUCUGCUUCAAGUAACACUCUUAGAUCACUUUGAAGACCUUCAACAUUAUUUAUUUCACUUUCUACGCCUCUCGAAUUAGUCGACAUUUGUCAAUUUGCAUUUUAAUCGCUAGUACAAAUGUAUUUUUGCGAAAGUAUUGCCUUUUUAAACGCCACAGAUAACGCUGUGUAACAAUUCGGUUAAUCGUGGCUGAAGCUUUUCACAUUUUUGGACGUCAGAGUGCGGGUUUUUUGUUCUCUUCGGCUCUGGAAGUAAAGAAUGAACGAUUCAAAGAGGGGAGAAGAUGAUCAGGGGCAAAGUAAAGAGACUGAUAAGAAGAAAAGAUCCCGGGUGAAGCAGCUGAUGGGCGAAGUGAAGAAACAAGUGGAGUUCUGGUUCGGAGACGUCAAUCUCCACAAAGAUCGCUUUCUGAAAAAGCUCAUUGAUGAAUCAGGCGAUGGCUAUGUUGAUUUAUCUGUGCUGGCAAGUUUCAACCGCAUGAAAAAGCUGACGAGUGACACCAAACUGAUCGCCAGGGCGCUGAAGAAUUCCUCUGUCGUGGAGAUGAAUUUAGAGGGCGAUAAAGUGAGACGACAACUUCCUAUAGGAGACGUACCAACUGACGUGGACAGCCGUACAGUAUAUGUGGAACUUCUGCCCAAGGAUGUGACUCACAACUGGAUCCAGAAGGUCUUCUCCAAAUGCGGAAGUGUCGUUUAUGCCAGCAUUCCCAGGUACAAAGCCACCGGCGAUUCCAAAGGGUUCGCCUUUGUGGAGUUCGAGAAUCCCGAACAAGCGAGUAAAGCCAUCGAGAUGCUCAAUAACCCUCCUGAAGACGCUCCCAGAAAACCGGGAAUUUUCCCCAAAACCAGGAAAGGAAAGCCGAUCCAGCUGCCUGCUGAAAAUCAGGCUUCAGGUGGCGGCGGAGAGGAAGAAAAGAAAAAACGUAAAAAGAAGAAAAAGAAGACGUCAACCGAAUGUGCAAAAGUGCCAAUUACGGACGACGACGAGCUGUCGGAUCAGCAGCAGAAAAGAAAGAAACCGCGCUCUGACGUCGCGAAUGAGAAGACGGCGGGGAAAAUCUCGGAAAAAAAACGACGACGCUCGCUCGUGGCCGACGAAUCGGAAACGGAGGUCCCGUCCAAGAUGAGGAAGCUCGGGGAGAAAGAAGAGCGAGAAGAUCCUCCUGUGGAAGGCGAGCGCGGGAAGGAAAACCAGGAAGACUCGCUGGUCAAAACCAAGAGGAAGAGGAAGAAGAAACACAAGGAAAAGCUGAAAAUCGGCGAGGAGGUCAUCCCGCUGAGAGUCUUAUCCAAAAAAGCCUGGCUUGAGCUCAAGGCCGAGUACUUGAGGUUGCAGAAGCGCAGCAUGUCAUCUUUGAAGAAGUGCAUGGCGCAACUGGACGGCGAAGAGCGGCGCGACGACGAAAGGAUGGAGGCGAGCGAGAAAGCGAGCGGUCAAGGGCCUCAGUUCACGAGCGGCGUCAUCAUGAAAAUUACGGACAACAAAGCGCUUCCGGGGAGGAAGAUCAUUAAAGAUGCGCUCUGCAAGAUCUCGCCCGUGGCGUACGUGGACCUCUUGGAAGGCGACGCCGAAGGCUACGUGCGCUUCAACCGGCCGGAGGACGCGCGAGCCGUCAGCGACACGCAAGCAGAGUUGCAGAAGGAGCACAGCUGGCAGCUGGAAAUCCUCUCAGGCGACCACGAGCAGAGGUACUGGCAGAAGAUCCUCGUUGAUCGUCAGGUUAAAUUAAACCGACCCCGAGAAAAGAAACGCGGCACGGACAAACUAAUAUCCAAAGCAGAAAAGAUCAUCACGGCUCGCGCCAAGGAGGCUAACAAGCACAUCCGCUUCCAGGAGGACUGAUAGUUUGUCAUUGAAUAGAUUUUGUAUUUUUUGUGUAUUUUUUGCACUGAAGCAUUGCGUUUGUUGAACUUACAUUUUUGAUGUAAAUAGAAUGAAAGUGCUAGACUGGAGUGUGCAUUGAUGAAUUGCGUUUUUAUACGUCUGGAAUUGACUUCUGUUAUUUACAUGAAUGAACCAGAGGCGGAACAAAUGUGAACAGGGCCCAGGUGCGAUGGGUAACAAUAGCCCCUCCAAGUGGACUGUCUGACAGGGUUUUGGGGGGUUGAUAGUAGACAAUUCAUCGCGGGCCUCUCCGAAAGACAAUCGUGUGGGGUGUGUGUGUGUGUGUGUGUGUGUUGUUUUUUUUGUUGGGGGGGAAGGCAGGUUGAUGCACAGAGCCAUGUAUGUACAAAGAGAGUUGCAACACAUCCAUAGGGAUCCAUGAUUCCGUUUUACUUCCGGGUAACGGAGCCUCGAAUAGUUCCAAACAUCGCUUUGAGGAGGGCGGACCCUAAUGACAUAAUUAGUGCUGCAACGAUUAAUCUAUUAACUCGAGUAAUUCGAUUAGAAAAAAGAUUCAAAUUCAAUUUUUUUGCUUUGAGUAUUCGUUAAAGUGGCGUUGUAAUGGUUUGUUUUGAAAGUGUUUGUAUUUACCCUAAUUUUCGCACUAUAAGGCGCACCUGACUAUAAGCCGCAGCCCACCAAUUUUGGCAUGAAAAUGACAUUUGUUCAUAGAUAAGCCGCACUGGACUAUAAGCCGCAGCUGUCCUCACUGUAUCAUGGGAUAUUUACACUAAAAGAUAUUAACCGAUACAACCUUAUUUGACAGCGGCAUCAUACGACAGACUGUCAUUAGACCAAAUGAACCAUCAUUAAACUUUGAACCAAUUACUGCAAAGCUUUAUUGCUUCAAGAAGCUUCAUUUGGCCAUCACUGCUCCCUUGGGGGAGACAGUCAACCUCUGCUGCCACCUGCUGUUGACUGUUGUCAUCCAACAUGCCUCUCAGCAUGCAUUGCAGCGCUACAGAUGUAAAGAACAAUCAAAAAUCAUGUUCUGUGCUAAAUAUUUCUUCAGUUACUGUUCCAAUUGUUUCAUCAAUUGCUAAUUAUGGUAUUUGCUAACACUUUGACAGUGGUGCCAUAAGACUGUCAUUACACAAUCAUAAUUAUGACAUGUCUCUGUCCUGAGCAUUCAUGAAUGCUUAUAACAGAUGUCAUUAAGUGUUAUCCGGCAAAUGAUCUCACUUCUGAUGCAAAAGAUCCAAGAUGGACAAAAACUGAGUUAGUGACAUAAUUUGCCAAAUGACACUUAAUGACAUAAGCAUUCAGUAAUGUCCAUGAUAGUGUCAUGUCAUAAUUUUGAGGAUCUUAUGACAGUCUUAUGACACCGUUGUCAAAUAAAGUGUUACCUAAAAAACAACAACAAAUAAGCCACACUGGACUAUAAGCCACAGGUAUCAAAAUGAAGGAAAAAAGUAGCGGCUUAUAGUCCGAAAAUUACGGUAGUUUUAAUGUGGGUGGAUUUUCUGCCCUCUAGUGACAACACUGAAUAUGACAUAACUCAUUUUACAUGGCUGAAUCCAGCUCCCCCCUGUUAAGACCACAUUUAGAGUUUGACAUACUCCCAUUGUGAUCAUUCAGCAUACCUCGUUUAUUAUGACAAAGUCGCGAACAGAAAAGGGUUAUGGGGGAACAGAGUAAAGAAAACAAAAGAAAUAAAUACAUUGA